CGGGCCACGGCUCCGGCCGGAAGCGUUCGCUACCAGGCCGCAUUUCCUUCCUGUGCGAGGCGAGCUGAAGGCUCCGGCUGCCGCGGUUUCUGCCCGGGGUUAACAAUCAAGAUGGUACAUGCUGAAGCCUUUUCUCGUCCUUUGAGUCGGAAUGAAGUUGUUGGUUUAAUUUUCCGUUUGACAAUAUUUGGUGCAGUAACAUACUUUACUAUCAAAUGGAUGGUAGAUGCAAUUGAUCCAACCAGAAAGCAAAAAGUAGAAGCUCAGAAACAGGCAGAAAAACUAAUGAAGCAAAUUGGUGUGAAAAAUGUGAAACUUUCAGAAUAUGAAAUGAGUAUUGCUGCUCAUCUAGUAGACCCUCUUAACAUGCACGUUACUUGGGGUGACAUAGCAGGUUUAGAGGAUGUCAUUACGGAUCUGAAAGACACAGUCAUCUUACCUAUCAAAAAGAAGCAUUUGUUUGAGAAUUCCAGACUUCUGCAGCCUCCAAAAGGUGUUCUUCUCUAUGGGCCUCCAGGCUGUGGUAAAACUUUGAUUGCCAAGGCUACAGCCAAAGAAGCAGGCUGUCGAUUUAUUAACCUUCAGCCUUCAACACUGACUGAUAAGUGGUACGGAGAAUCUCAGAAAUUGGCUGCUGCCGUUUUCUCCCUUGCUAUAAAGCUACAGCCUUCCAUCAUCUUUAUAGAUGAAAUAGAUUCCUUUCUACGAAACCGUUCAAGUUCUGAUCAUGAAGCUACAGCCAUGAUGAAAGCUCAGUUUAUGAGUCUCUGGGAUGGAUUGGAUACUGAUCACAGCUGCCAGGUCAUAGUGAUGGGAGCUACUAAUCGUCCUCAGGACCUUGACUCGGCUAUAAUGAGAAGAAUGCCUACAAGAUUUCACAUCAACCAGCCUGCUCUAAAACAGAGAGAAGCAAUCCUGAAACUCAUCUUGAAAAAUGAAAAUGUGGAUAGACAUGUAGACCUGCUAGAAGUUGCCCAGGAAACUGAUGGGUUUUCAGGAAGUGACCUAAAAGAGAUGUGUCGAGAUGCUGCCCUCCUCUGUGUCAGGGAAUAUGUUAAUUCUACAUCAGAAGAAAGCCAUGAUGAAGAUGAAAUUCGGCCUGUGCAACAGCAGGACCUGCAUCGGGCAAUUGAAAAGAUGAAGAAAUCAAAGGAUGCAGCAUUUCAGAAUGUUUUAACACAUGUUUGUUUAGAUUAAGAGUAAAGAUCAUUUGUACAGUUCAGUGAUCUAGUUUGGUGUGCCCUCUUAACAGUUCGUGGAAAUAGAAUGGAAGGAGUUCUCCUAAACAGUGAGUUCAAUGUUUAUGGUUUUAUACGCUGAAUUCUAAGUUAUUGAGACAGAGUUCUUAUAUAAACAGCAUUACUACUUGUCAGAAAUCAUGAGGAGGAACAAUUUAAUCCAGCCUGAGUGUGGGUGCUUGUGUUUGACCUCUUUAGCCAUAUGUUGUUACAGCCUUAUAGAAUCUAAGCUGGUCUUAAAGUAAUAAAUGAUUCAUUGGGUCACAAGUGAGAAAUGGAGAUAUGGUUAGGUGCGUGAGCGUGUGUGUGUGUGUGUGUGUGUGUGUGUGUGCGCGCGUGUGCGUGAGCGUGUGUGUGUGUGUGUGUGUGUGUGUGUAUGAAAUGUAUAUAUCCACACAUUUUAUAUUGACAUUCUGUAGAUAUGUUUGAAUAUAGAAACUUUUUUUUUACCCCAACUACUGAAUCCAAAAGUACCAAACAGUAUAUAGCAAAACUAAGAUUUAAGGUUGUGUCUAAAAGGUACAGUGAUUCAGCCAUUUCCAGUUGUUGUUUGUUUAAGCCUUUUUUUUUUUUUUUUUCUGACCGGCAAGGGGAUUGCAACCCUUGGCAUGGCUUUCUGCACCACGCUCAGCCAGUGAGCUCACCGACCAUCCCUAUAUAGGAUCCGAACCCGCGGCCUCGGCGCUGGGAGCCACGGGGCAGGCCCUGUUUAAGCCUUUUUUUAAGUUGAGUGUUCUCUGCAGUUGAUUAGUUGGAUCAGCCACAUCACUUAUGCAUGUGACUCAGUUAUUAUGGUUGUCAGCCUAAUCAGACAUAAGUACCUGUUCAGGGAUCAGCACUGAAUGGUGGUUAGGCAGUCAUGUGAUCAACACUGAUUUCACCUCUUUUCUGCAAUCACACUGAGUAGACAUUUUUCUGAAUUUUAAAUUGAUUCACAUGAAGAUAAAUACUUUUCAAAAGAGUGGGUGUGAGAAACCUCAGUGCCCUUCAGUACAUGUACAUGACUUUCCUUUCCUUGUUUAAUGUAACAGAUAGUUCUGUAACCAUGUUUUUUUAAUGUUAUUUUAAAGUUAUGUGUUCUUUAAUUAUGGUCAAAUAUAAUUUGGUCACCAAAAGUAAAAUGAUAGUUUAAAGCAAGUAGUUGCUACUAAAUGUGCUAAAAAUACUCAUUUUGUAACUUUGAUUUUUUAAGUUUUCUUGGCAUAUUAUAAAUUGUGCCCUAGUUAAGUACAAGUAUACAUGUCAGAAUUCCCAUUUUGUAUCUGUACUCAUUUGAUGGUAUGUGUGUAAACUACAUAUGAAACAUUUUUUUGUUCAGAAUUCCACUAACGAGAAUUCUGUUAUGGUACCUAAAAUAGCAUGAGGAAAAUGGCACAACCAAUUUUGAGGUGCCUUCUGAGUCAUCAGAAAGGUUAAAUUAUGCUUCAUAUGUUUCUGUUUUUAUUGUAUUUCUUUGAAAACUCUCAAUCUUUAUUCAUGAGUUACUGGAUUAAUUUAAUUUCUCUGAUAAUGUCUCUCAUGAGAACCUAUUGGAUGGUUUAUUCUUCACUUGUACUUUGAGUGGUGGGGUAGAAGUUUCUGGAGAACAUUUAUACAACAAAAAGCAAGUUAUGAAAGAUUAUGAAGAUGAUGGAAAAUUGAACACAAAAUACAAGAUACCAAAAAUAAAAAAAUUAAUCCCAUUUUUAAUAACUAUGUUAUAUUAUUAUUUUUUAAAUGUAUAAUAAAGGGGUUCCUGUUU